CACGGGGCCGCCCGCAUGGUGGACGUCCUCCUGCGCGGGCCGCUCCCGGGCGCCAUGGGGGAGCCCUCCAAGAGGCGGCCGGGGCUGGCCCUGUGCGCGGGCUGCGGGGGCCGCAUCCAGGACCCGUUCCUGCUGCGGGUGUCGCCGGACCUGGAGUGGCACGUCGCCUGCCUCAAGUGUGCCGAGUGCGGGCAGCCGCUGGACGAGACCUGCACGUGCUUCCUGCGCGACGGCAAGGCCUACUGCAAGCGGGACUACAGCAGGCUCUUCGGCAUCAAGUGCGCGCAGUGCCGGGCGGCCUUCAGCAGCAGCGACCUGGUGAUGCGCGCCCGCGACCACGUCUACCACCUCGAGUGCUUCCGCUGCGCCGCCUGCGGCCGCCAGCUGCUGCCCGGGGACCAGUUCUGCCUGCGGGAGCGCGACCUGCUUUGCCGUGCCGACCACGGGCCGCUCCCCGACGGCGCCGCCGCCGCCCGCGGGCCGCGCAGCCCCGCGCUGCCGCCGGCUGCCGCCGCGCACCUCGCAGAGCCGGUGCCCGGGCGGCCGCCGGCCCCGCGGCCGCCGGCGCACAAGGCGGCGGAGAAGACGACCCGCGUGCGGACGGUGCUGAACGAGAAGCAGCUGCACACGCUGCGGACCUGCUACGCCGCCAACCCGCGCCCCGACGCCCUGAUGAAGGAGCAGCUGGUGGAGAUGACGGGGCUCAGCCCGCGCGUCAUCCGCGUCUGGUUCCAGAACAAGCGCUGCAAGGACAAGAAGAAGUCCAUCCUCAUGAAGCAGCUGCAGCAGCAGCAGCACGGCGACAAGACGAGCCUGCAGGGCCUCACCGGGACGCCGCUGGUGGCCGGCAGCCCCAUCCGGCACGAGAGCGCCGUGCAGGGCAGCGCCGUGGAGGUGCAGACCUACCAGCCGCCCUGGAAGGCGCUCAGCGACUUCGCCCUGCAGAGCGACCUGGAGCAGCCCGCCGCCUUCCAGCAGCUGGUCUCCUUUUCCGAGUCCGGCUCCUUGGGCACGUCCUCCGGCAGCGACGUGACCUCGCUGUCCUCCCAGCUCCCCGACACCCCCAACAGCAUGGUGCCCAGCCCGGCCGAGACGUGAGGCCGCCCGGCCGCCCGCCGCCGCCGCGGGACUUCCGCAUGCCUGCGCUCCCUGCAUGAGACACCCGGCCCCGGGCCGCUCCCAGAGCGCCGGACAAACGCCUUUGUUUUUUAAUUAUUCUUAUUUAAAAACAAACAAAAAAAAUACCUUACUGACGGCCAAAAAGCACCGGGAUUCUCGCUGCCUUCGCCAGACCGGAGAGAGAGCCCCCGCCCCGGUUAUUUCGUUGAUCGGGGGUUUCGCCCUGCGGAUUUCGAUGUUUCCUUUCCCCAAAGAAACGCGCCUUUCCCCGCUGGAGCCCGGCGUGCCGAGAGGCUGCCUCGCCCGCCGCUGGCGCUGGGGACGGCUUCUCUUCCCUGGCUGGAAGGGAAACGAACAGAAAGGCGUGCAUCAGCGGAGAGAAGGAGCGGGGACAGGGGCUCCCCCGGCGCACGCCUUCCCGCGGCCGCGGAGCCGGCCCGGCGCCCCCUCUGCAGCCGCUGCCCGGCCUCAUCUCACGCCGCUGCCUCGCCCGGGGUCGCUGGAGAACGGGACCCGGGACCGAGCCUUUGUAAUGGGGAAACCAGUACUAGUGGUGUUAAGUUAUCAGUGGACGGAGGAUGGAUUGUUUGAGCCUUUAACGAACAAAAGUAAGUUAUUGCUAUUUAUUGUCAGUCAGCGGUUGAAUAGUGGGAUUAAAUAUUUUGGACUUAAUAAAAAAAA